AAAUAACGGAGAAAAAAAAAAAAAACGCGGCUGCUGUACACACCAAAAACCGGAGAGAGAGACUCCUCCUGGUAAUUGAUUCUAGCUUAUAGAGAUCGCACCAAAGCGACCGCAAAUCUGCAGGUCCCAGAAAAUCAUUCGGGGUUUGCCAAAGAUCUUUUAGUGGAAAUUUGCUUCAGUUACUGGAAUUUUGAUUUCCAAUCUCUGGUUCGGUGGUAUCCAUCCGAAUACUGGUGAUCGGGUCUGAUUGUGAUCGUUUCAUUGGAAAUCCACGGUGGGUUUUUGUUCAUAUGAAAUGGGUCGGGCCCGGUUUUGCUGAGAGAUGGGUCAGAGCUUGUAAGCUUAAUUGGUUGUCCCCUUUAAGAUUAUUGUUUAUUCUUGUUUGAUGAUUUCUUUGGGGAGGAGAAAUGCGACUGAGGAGCUAGGGAUAGGGUUUGGCGUUGGGAGAGAGAUGGAGGACACUGAGCUUGAAGAAGGGGAGGCUUGCUCGGACCAUAACAACAAAGAUGAUGGUUAUGAUGCAAGCAUGGACCCAGAUAUUGCUCUCUCUUACAUAGGUGAAAAACUUCAGGAUGUAUUGGGACACUUUCAGAAAGAUUUUGAAGGGGGAGUUUCGGCAGAGAAUUUGGGGGCCAAGUUUGGUGGUUAUGGUUCAUUUUUACCUGCCUAUCAGCGUUCUCCAGUUUGGUCUCACCCAAGGACACCACCAAAAGUCCAGCACUGCAACUCGCCUAGAUCUCCAAAUAAUUCACAACUCGAGGGUAGCCGUCAUGGUUCAGUUCCUUCAUCUACUGUGCCUCAAUCAGUAAGGCUGGAACCUGCUUUUUCCAGUGCAGCAUCGCUGACUGCAUCAAAAGCAUCAUCCUCCAAGGUUGUUUCAGUUAAACAAGAAGCAGACAUGUCGUCCAAUAAUCAAGCCAAGGAACAUACUCUGAGAUAUGAAUCAGUAAACAGGAAAUCUACUAAUUUACCAGACCAAAAACUGUUGAAGGUUCGAAUCAAAAUGGGUUCUGAUAGUUUGCCAACACAGAAAAAUGCUGCAAUCUACAGUGGUCUUGGCCUUGAUGUGUCACCAUCUUCCUCACUAGAUGACAGCCCCUCUGGAAGUGAAGGGAUGUCUCAUGGACCUCAAGAUUCUCCUUUUGAAUCUCCAGCUCAUAUUCUUCGGAUGACGACUUCAUUUCCUGUUCAUGGGGGUGUGUUGCUAUCACCUCUUCCUGGUGAGUUAAUUCACUUGGUAGAAAAGGAAAAGCUUCACAAAGGCAGUGGAUUAUUGCAUGCCCGAACAGUUGGCAUAGAAAAUUAUGGCAGCAUAGUUAAUGGGUCUGGUUCUGUAAAAGGUGAUGGAAAAAUAUUGGGAGAGAAGAAAAUGAAGUCGCUAGAGAGAAAUGAAAUAUCUUCUGAAUCAAAAAGAGAAAGUAAGAAGGGUUCUCGGAGUGAUAUUGAUAUUCUCCCAAAGAAGGAAAUGGACCUUGAAAAUUUGGCCUGUGAGGAACUUGUUUCUAACACGCUAAAGCUUCCACUUCUCUCCAAUUCAUAUUCUGUUACUGAUGCGGCAAAAGGCAGAAUUAGGGAAUCUAAUAUUUCCAGGGAAGCAUACAAGGUUGUGGUGAGGGACAAAGGAUUUUCUGAUCUAACAAAGGAGGAGCCAUCGGGGUUGUCAUAUACACAUGAGGAUGCCUGGGUUGAGAAUCCCAAAGCCACUUCAGCUGGAAAGCUGUGGGAUGACAAUAAAGCUAGUUCUCUUGACAGUGCUUGUGUCUACCCUAGGAAAGAUGGCAAUCGAAAAGGGGAAACACCUUAUGGCUCUGUCAGAAGUGACUCAAAUAUUACAAAGGGUAUGAAAGCUGUAAGCUGUGAACUGAUGGACACUCCCAAGAAGAAAGCUGAUCAGAAAGUUACAUCCCAUGUAGGUACCAAGUUGCCUUCUGUUAAGGAGCGUUCAUCUUCUGAGGGGAAAAAGAAACUAAAAGAUAGCUUGACAGGUGGCUCUUCUUUGGUAGCCAAAAAGAAGAAGAGCGCUUAUGCAGAUGACUGUAGUAAAGGGGAGUUGGAAGACUCAAAAUCGCAAAAGAGUGCUGUAAAAUCUGGGGAUAGGUAUAGAGACUUUUUUGGGGAUAUUGAACUAGAUCAAGAAGAAAAACAGAUGAGCCCAUUGGAAAUAGGUUUUGAAGAUAGGCAGAAGGAUUCUGACAUGGGUGAAAAAGGUACAUGUUUCUCUAAUAAUGCAUUGAAGGAGAGACCAAUUGGUAAGAAAAUUAAUAAGCUGUCAACAUCUGAGCUGCAUCCUAAAGCAACUCUGAGAGUUGCUCCUGGCUCUGGAAAUGGCCCUAUAUCUGAUGUUGGUCCUGCAUCAACAGCCCCUGCUGCAACAGAAGACAAUUGGGUCUGUUGUGACAAGUGUCAGAAAUGGCGGCUUCUUCCUCUUGGUAAAAACCCUAAUGACCUACCGGAGAAGUGGCUGUGUAGCAUGCUUAAUUGGCUGCCUGGUAUGAAUCGAUGUAGUUUUACUGAGGAAGAAACAACAAAUGCUGUUAUGGCAUUGAACCAAAUCCCUGCUCCAGUAAGUCAAAAUAAUCUGCAAAUCAAUCCUGGUGGGGUUAAAUCCAAAGCAACCUUAUUUGGUGACCAGCUUGAUCAGAACCACCAAGACUUCAGUUUGCAUGUCAUGCCUGAUGCUGGAAAGAAGAAGGCCUACAGAGAUGCUUCUGCUCCAUUAUCAAAUCCUAUAAAGAAGAGCAUACAGUCAUCACUGAUGAAUGGAAGCUUAAAUUAUGAGAACCAACCUCUUGUAAGUGAACCUGAUUUUCUGAAAGUGAGCAAGUCUGAUGACUUGGCUGCAGAGAGGUACAAACAUAAGCAGAAAGAGAAGCAUAAAGUAUCAGACAACUGUUCUGAUGGAGGUGAUACUACGCAAUCAAAGAUGAAGGGCAAGAGGGAUCUUGAGCAAGAUAUAUUGAGGGCCUCAAAGAAAAUGAAGACUGAAGGAUUGCCACAAGAUUGGAUGUCUGAUCAUCAUGUAACAAUUGAAAAAGUAGGUCCUAGUUCAAGUAAUCGUCUGCCUAGUAUGCCAUCAGGAAAGAAUAUGCCUAAAACCAAUAGCCGCACUUCUUCUAUGGAUCAGAUACAAGUUUCUGCUAGAAAACCAAAGGAUGAAAUUCCGAUUUCUAUGGAUGAUGUGACCAUGGAUAUGGGAAAGCAGGUUGAUAGAGAAGUUGGAAAAAAGAGGAAAGUAAAGGGAAGUUGUGAUGGCCAGGCUAAUCAAGGUACCCUAUCAAAUACAGGGCAUAAUCUCCAGGCCAAGGAGGAGUUCAGUGAGAAUGAGUUCAGGAAAGAGAAGAAAGCCAGGAUAUCCAGGUCUGAUGGAAAGGAGUCCAGUGCAAGUAAAGGCAAUAGUAAAUCGGACAAAAAAAGUAGUCAUAGAAAGAAUCGGCAACCAGGAAAAGAUGUUGGGAGUACUGUUUCUCAACGGAGCUUGGAUGGUGUGGAUUCUCUGAAAAAGGAUUCUGGAUCUCUGCAUCCUUCUGUGGCAGCUACUUCUAGCUCUUCUAAGGUUUCUGGUUCCCACAAAACCAAAGUCAAUUUCCUGGAGACGAAGGGGUCUCCAGUAGAAUCAGUUUCAUCAUCACCUUUGAGAGUUUCAAAGCCAGGUAAGCUUACGCCUGCACAAAGGAACUUCACUGAGAAGGUUGACUCUACUGAUGCUGGUUUUUUUGCCCUAGGUGGUCUAAGAAGAUGCUCAGAUGGUGAAGAUGAUGGUGGGAGCGAUCGAUCUGGGACAGCAAAGGAUAAAAUUCUUGAUGUGGCUCGUCAUGGUUCCCUUGAAUCCUCUGUCCUUGAUUUUCAGGAAAAGGACUUCACUCGUGUUUCUGGUGGUAAAGCUAAACAUCUGAUUGUGCCUUCACCUGAUGUCACAAACCACCACCCUGCAAAUUGUGCUGCAGAUUAUUUGGGCCAAGACACUCAAUAUCCUGGUAAAACUACAUCUGCAGAUCGACGGCAUGAAAAUGAUAGACAACAUGAGAAUCAUUAUCAUGUGAAUGGGUCCCGUCCAAGGAAAUGUGGUAAGGGAUCCUCAUCAAGGUCCAAAGAUAAGAAUCGAAAUCCAAAUUCUGAACUUGACAGCAAAGUUACAGAUUCUGAAUUGAUUAAUGUGCAAGCACCUUCCUGUGAAAAAAAACCAACAGAUGGCAAAGUUAAGAUUGAAGAGAAGCUUGGUGUCAGAUCUGAUGAAAAUGAGGACAUAUAUGUUGCUAAAAAGGACUCCACAGGGCUAUUGUCAAGUGAUAGCAGUAAAAAAGGGAGUCAGUCUAAAUUUCGGGGACACAAUGGUCCUGAUAUUAAAGCACGAGCUGUUCCUAGCCAUGAUGCAACCUCUACACCAAAGCAGAGUCUGCUGCUAGAUUGUGAGGCAGUCUCUGGGAGAGGAAAGUCACCAUCAUUACCUCCAUCUGGAGGUGGUCAAAAUGACACAUCAUCUCACUGCCCUCUACCAGUUUCUGGAUCUCAGAAAGGAAACAUAGCAAAAAUUUCAGUCAUUAAUGCCUCUGAAAGUGAUAAUGCAUCAAGGACACAUAAACAAAUUAGAAAGAUUGAUCAUACAAAUGGGAUUCAUCACAACAGUUCAAGAGAUCCCAUAUCAAAUGGGCAUAGGGGCAGGGAUCUUGAUGCCCCAAGUCCAGUUAAAAGGGAUUCCUCCAGUCAGGCUGCUACUAAUGCACUAAAAGAAGCUAAAAAUCUAAAACACCUGGCUGAUCGUCUUAAGAACGCUGGGUCAAAUCUUGAGAGUACAAAACUUUACUUUGAGGCAGCCCUCAAGUUUCUUCAUGGAGCCUCCCUGUUGGAAACUUGCAGCAGUGAGAAUGCGAAAACUGGAGAAAUGAUUCAGUCUAUGCAAGUAUACAGUAGUACAGCAAAACUCUGCGAGUUUUGUGCCCAUGAAUAUGAGAAGUCCAAAGACAUGGCUGCUGCUUCCCUGGCAUAUAAGUGCAUGGAGGUGGCAUACAUGAGGGUAAUUUAUUCUUCACACACCAGUGCAAAUAAAGAUCGACAAGAAUUGCAGACAGCCCUGCAAAUAGUUCCUCCAGGUGAGUCACCUUCUUCUUCUGCAUCUGAUGUUGAUAACUUGAACCACCCAGCAACAGUGGACAAGGUUUUCUUAGCCAAAGGUAUUAGCUCCCCUCAAGUGACAGGAAGCCAUGUCGUUGCUGCACGAAACCGUCCGAAUUUUGUGCGGUUGCUGAAUUUUGCACAGGAUGUAAAUUUUGCAAUGGAGGCCUCAAGAAAAUCACGGAUUGCUUUUGCGGCGGCUAAUGCAAGCUUAGGAGAAACCCAGCGCAGAGAGGGUAUUUCUUCCAUCAAAACAGCUCUUGAUUUUAAUUUCCAAGAUGUAGAGGGACUACUACGUCUGGUACGGCUUGCAAUUGAAGCUAUUAGCCGUUGAAGAGUCCAGUUGUUGUGGAGAUUGUACCAAAUUUGGGAGGAAAUAGAAGAGCCUAGAUAUUUGUGACCUGGUUCUUUCUGUCUAUUCUGCUGCAAGACUGGUCAUUGCCAUCUCGCCAAUUCAGUGUUUUAUGUACAUGUGUAUGAUACAGAAAGAAUUUGGAAUUUUGAGUAUAUUUUUCGUCAGAAUUGAGGGGCUUUCUGAUGCAGACAAGGGCCAUACUUGUGGUAAAUUUUUGUACUGGUGACAAGGAAAUUUUAUUCAUCGACUUCUCCAGAAAUAAUUCUGAGGUUGUAGGAAGUGGCAGUUCUGUGGUGAAGCAGGACUUUGGUUGAAGAAAUAAGUGAAUAAAGUUAAGAGAACCCCAAUAUAAGCAGGCUUGGGGUUGUGGAAUUCUCAUACCAGAGUGUGCUAUCUUUCUGGCAAUUGGUUAUUCCGGACGGAAAUUAGUUUAGCUGUCAUUUUAAUUUUGUUAGUGGCAACUUGUUUGGAGACAUCUGAACCCUGUAAGGAUGGGGAUUGUAAAAAUACAGGCAUUGUAAUGAAUCUUAGUUCUACUAUUGCAGACUGCACCAACUUUCUUGGUUCAGGAUAUGUGUAAAGAUGGCAAUGAUUUGGCAGUCUCAGUUUGUCUUCAGGAGCUUCUGACAGUUGCAGUUCAGACAAUUUUUUUGUUGUUAACAUAGACAAGCAAGAAAGUUACGAAAAGUUGUAUAUUCAAAAAAAUAAUGAUGCAGCCACAUGAGGUUGCCUGAGUUGUUUUCUUUGAAGUGGCUAUACGUUUGUAUACAAUCAGGCUAAGCAACAACGUGAGCUUCAUUUUCUUUCUUCCUUCUUCCCCCCUGUUUGGGGUAGGGGUGUCACGACCAUACCAUCAGUCAACGGAUGAUGAUUUAUAAAGGCACUGGGUUAAUUUUUGAAGAAUCUUAUUCCAGGAGCAGCUACCUGUGCCCUCUUCGGCUUCCACUGUGCAUUAGACCAAGCAGAGUCAAAACUAGCGCAAUUUUCAGUCUGCAAAUGAUGAGCAAUAAUUCAGUUGAUUUGAUGCCAUAAAAAAAGAAAUUUGCUUUCAAGUUCAGCAACUGGGGCAGUUCAGUUCCAGCUGCCGACACGCUGGGCUUUGAAGCAUUUAUCUUGAUGAAGUAUUUGUGCAUUUUAUUCAAACCCCAGGUCCCUUAUUUGCUCAAACUGCUCAACAGCAUUGUUCAUAUUAAUUGUAUGCGAGUGAGAGGUUAGAUUCUGAUUGUAACUUAACUUUCCUUUCCCCUCCACGCCAAAAAAAAGCUAACCAAAAUCGAACGCCUUCCCUUCUCCUGUUACUUGUAUAGGAUCAAGAACAACAUUUAUUCAUCAAAGUUUUGACAAUGUUCGCAGCA